AUGCCAGCUACAACUCUCCCGUCGAGUCUCCCUCUCGAACUGGCCCUUCUAACCUCAACACCACUCCCCACCACCCCACUCUCAACCCUCCAGUCCCACUUAACUUCCCUCUCCAACGGCGAUUACCACAAAAUCCUUACCAGUCCGCUCGCAGCCUCCCUCCUCUCCCCCGCCUCACUGUCCGGCCUCUCGCCUCUCGAAAUCAUCAAGACCUACAAAUCCCACCUAAAAACCGCUAUUCUCGAAUCCACAUGCCACCCACUAGAGCUAUUAACCGUUGGAAUCGCAUCAUUACACGCAUACCUUCAGGCUACCACAACGGGACCCCCUUUACCACUUGAAGAGACAGAAAUACUUCCGCAAGUUAUAUGCGAGGAUAGAAAAACCUUGAAGGGGUUGAAGGAAGGGUUGGUUAGAGGGUUAUCAGUCGAUGGGGAGUCGGCUUAUCAUCUACUACCAUAUCCCGUGGUAUUUACACUUGCUAAAGAGAUUUUGACGAGUGAUGCAUUAUUUAAAAACCGGGAAAAUAGUGAUGGUGAUGGCGGGUUGAUUACAGCAAAAUGGUGGAGGGUCAGGGUAAAUUUUGCCCAUCAGCGGAUCCUGAGAGAGGUGUCUAGCUCAUUACAUGAACAAAUCUAUGCAGAUUUGGGAGACCUUGAGGGUCUGAUUUUUCCGGAAGAAAAAGAAGGGCUGGGUGAUAACGAUCUGGCGACACAGGAUUUGAAGGCGAGGUACUUGGUUGAACGAUCGACGAUUCACAGCUUCUAUGGGUACGAUGCUAAAGUAAGGAAAGACCUUGAAUCUGCAGCAGCGAUAACUGGGUUACAAUAUGCCAUUACCGGACGAUUGGGGAAGAGGACGAAAUUCCAGGUUGACGAUAUUUCGCAGUUGGUGGUGUUGGCGAGGUCGACAGAGGAGUAUGGGGGCGGGGCGGCGCCAAAGACAGUUUCUUAUGUUCAGGAUGGGGAGGUAAAAGCGAUGGAAAAUAAUGAGAGCGAGGAAAGAGGCGGGGAUGGAAAAGUUAUGCCAAAGCAAUUCGAUUUAAAUGAUGAUACAUUACUUGAGGCUAUUUCGUUUACGCCAGCUACAGCAGAAAUUCUCGAAGCUGCUGCGUUACCGCCAUCGUUAUCGACUUUGGAUCCGGCAUCCCAACCGAUGCUUCAACCUAUCGAUUCUAUUAUAUUAUUACACUUGGCCGAAUCGAUAAAAAAUACGAACCCAGCAGAUGGGUUGACGCGCGAACAGAUGAGCCCUUAUGCAGAACGAGUACUUCAACAUUCUACGAAUUGGAGCAUCCACACAAUGGGCCUAUUAGUUCGUAGCAGAUUAGAGGCCUAUCGUUCGAGAACGGUGGAAAGAAGUUUAUUACAACUGCAAGUAGUGGUGGAUCAGAUUGUUGCUGCUACGGCUUCCGAGGAAAAUACACCUGAUGUAUCAACGUUUUUACCAAAGCCGAAGGAAGAAGAGAGUGCAAGUGUAUUCGAACGGCUAGAAUUUGCAUUCUCAUUGGGAUUACCAACGAGAUGGGGAGUUGAGGCGGAGCUUGCGGCGAGGUGGGUUGAUAUGGGGGGUCUAAGGACUGCGGUAGGAAUCUAUGAAAGAUUGGGUAUGUGGGCAGAAGUUGCGCUCUGUUGGGCAGCGGUUGAAAAGGAGGAAAAGGCCGUUGGGGUUGUAAGGAGAAUGCUGUUUGAAGGAGAGAUGCCGAAGGGGGAUGACGACGACAAUGUUGAACCAGAGGCUGUGGACGAGGACGAAGAAAUAAUUAUUACAGAUGACGAUGAAGUCGAACCGGUUGAACGAGAUCCGCCGCCACCGGAGGCCCCUAGGUUAUGGUGUAUUCUUGGAGAACUCGAGAAGAAUCCCGAACACUUCAAAAAGGCAUGGGAAGUCUCCGGGAGACGCUACGCAAGAGCCCAGAGAUCACUAGGGGUUUACCACUUAAGGAGGAAAGAGUAUUCAGAGGCUAUUGUAGCGUACAAACUGUCUUUGAAAUGCAAUCCACUAAACGGACCGGCAUGGUUUCAAUGUGGAUGUGCAAUGCUGGAGGUGGCGGAUUGGGAUGGAGCUGUUGAAGCUUUCAUGAGGGUUAUUGGGAUCGAUGAUACCGAUGCUGAAGGGUGGAGUAAUCUUGCAACUGCGCUUUUACGAAGGGGGAAGGUAAAAGUUGUAGAAGGUGAGAAGAAUACCAUCAUUUUGGACGAUGAAGAGGAGGUAACGGAGGAAGAGAAGAGCGAAGAGGAGUUGAUGAACGAAGGAAAGAUGCAGGCUCUUAUGGCUUUGAAGAAGGCUGUGGGCCUGAAAAAUACGAAUUGGAGAAUGUGGGAGAAUGUACUUGUCAUUGCAGCCUCGUUGAGGCCUCCAGUAUGGGGAGACAUGCAGAUGGCUAUACGAAGGAUUGUGGAGAUCAGAGGGCAGAAAGGAGGGGAGACGUGUGUAGAUGUUGAAUUAUUGGAGAUGCUCGUGAAGCAUGUUAUCAAGAACUAUGAAAAAGAAGAGCUUGGAAGGCCCGGAUUGGUUAGAAUGGUGGUUGACUUGGUAGAUACCAAAAUUGUACCGUUGAUCACAGGAGAUGAAAGGCUUUGGAAGAUAGUCGGAAAACUAGCAGAGUGGCGGGGGAAGUUUGUGGGAGUUAUUGAGACUUAUGAAAAGAUGUUUAGGGUUGUGAAUGGACGAUAUGAUGUUAGAACCGAUAAAAAGAGCUGGGGAGAACUAGUGGACGCUACAGAGGAGAUCGUGGGGGUUUAUAGGAAGUUUGGGGGCAUGGAGAGGAAAGACGGGCUCGCGGCGGGCAGCGGGGCAGUAGUUAUGAAGGACUGGAAGUUUAAGGGGAGAAGUUUGGUCAGGAAUGUUUUAGCAAAGGGUAGAAAAGCCGGGUGGGAGGAAGAUACAGGACUGUGGGAACGGUUGGAGGUGUUGGCAGAAGAUUUAAAAAAUUGA